AUGCUAAAAAAACGCAGUGAAGUCCAAGACCUGGACAACGAGAACCAGGAGAAGCAAGAAGAACUGGAGAAUUUGCAACAGCGUGAAGAUGAGUGGCAGGAGAAGAUUAAGAAAGCUAACAAGAUGAACCUCAGCUUUGAGAAGAUUCUCAGGGACCAGUAUACUGAAUGUUCAGAGAGAGCAACGAGGGAGAGGAAAGAGGUUCUUCAUCUGGAUGCAGAGCAUGAGAGGCUGGUGGUGGAGUUAGCUGAAGAGCUGCAGAGCAAGCAGGAGCGAGAGCGCCAGCUAGUGAAACUCACUCCGUACGCUGUGAGCUUCGAGCGGGCGGCCAAGUUGACCAAGUUUAAGGAUGCAAAGAGUCUCGCAGAUCAUAUGGAGAACCUUCUCCGCAUUCGAGAGAGUCACCUUCAGAAGGACCUGAAGAAGCGUGAGAAGUAUGACGAGCUGAGGAGAACCCUGCAGUCAAAGCAAGAACAGCAUCGCCUCAUGCGUCUGCAGAAGAACUACGAGCUGUCCCAGAUGGAGGUGGAGCAUGAGAAAGAGCGCUCUGAAGUUCUGGAAUGGGAGAGGAAGUGGAACCACAUUCAGGAAACCGCAUCAAAUGAAACACUUCUCCUGGGACAAAUCAAGAUGGCGACACUCAACCUCUACGAAAUGACGUGUCAAGACGAAAAGGCAGAUGAAGCGGUUGAUAUAAACGACACAGAGAAACAGCUGGACCAGGUUAAGACGUUCAUUCAAGACACCGACGACAUGGUCAAACAACAUCAGACUUCUUCACAGAGACAAGAUGGAAAGAAAAGAGACAAAAAGAGCUUUCCAAGUCACAGUAAAAAAAAGGCUUCAAAGUAACCUUUACCAUGAGU